CAAGCUGCUAGUAGUUUCCAAGAUGGUGCGGUAUAAGAAGCAGCCUCAGCAUUAAGGAACCUUUUGGACACCCAAAAAAAAUCUAAUCAAAGAAUGGCAAAAAACCUAUCGGAGCUUAAUAGGAGCAUAAUAAGCAGAAGAUCAUCAGCUUCAUCGUCUUCAUCAGGCCAGCAAUCUCCUAGGACAAAAACGCCUGCUCCAUUUUUAUCAAAAACAUAUGAUUUGUUGGAAGAAAAUGGAGAAUUAGGAUCAUCAGCACCAGAUUUUGGUAGUAAUGAUGGCAAGAAAAUUGUUUCUUGGAAUGACGAAGGAACUGGAUUCAUAGUUUGGUCUCCGGCGGAGUUCUCGGAGUUUACCUUGCCUAGAUACUUCAAGCACAACAAUUUCUCUAGCUUCAUUCGCCAACUUAACACAUAUGGAUUCAAGAAGACAUCAUCGAAGCUAUGGGAAUUCAAGCAUGAGAAAUUCCAGAGAGGAAGCAGACACAUGCUGGUGGAGAUAACGAGGAAGAAAUGUGAACCAAGUGUUUUUCCACCAUAUUUAAAAGCUUGUCAUGAAGAGAAUACAAUGGAUGAAAAUGAUCGUUUAAUACUAUUAGAACAGAACAAUAACCUUAAAAGAGAGAAUUUGGAAUUGCAAAUGGAAUUGGCUCAAUUUAAAGCACUUGAACUCAAGUUGUUGGAUUAUCUUGCUCAAUACAUGGGAAGCCACCACAACAAAAUUAGGAGGCUGUGUUAGGGGCUGGGCUGGGAAGCAAAUAUUGUUUUUUCUUUUCUUUUCUUUUUUCCUUGUUCAUUAAGUGAGCUAUAUAAUAAAAAUAGCUUCUUUUUUUUUUUUUUCUUUAUACAAAACCUAUCCUUUGCCCUAGAAAAUCUCAAACUUUUUGUCAUUGGGAUGUAAAUGUUGCCUUUGCCCUGAAUAUUAUGUCUUUCUUGUCAUUUAAACCUAGACUAGUCUUG